UUCCCCUUCACAAAUUUAUGAAGAAAUCAUUUUCUUUGUCAUUUUGAACUUUCUGGGUACUAUUAAUAUCGUGCGAGACCUGUGUUGGCUGGCUCCUUUUGCUGUCACUCACCUCGAAGAGGAAGACAGUAGCUGACACGGGGCCAAGAAUUCUGAAGAAGAGGAAGCGAAGAAGAAGGAAUGAGUGGUUUUUCGGACGUUGAACCAGACUUCUCUGAGUUCGUGGAGGUCGAUCCUACUGGAAGAUAUGGAAGAUACAAUGAAAUUCUUGGCAAAGGAGCUUCCAAGACAGUUUACAGAGCAUUUGAUGAGUAUGAAGGGAUUGAAGUGGCAUGGAAUCAAGUGAAGCUCUAUGAUUUCCUGCAGAGACCUGAAGAUCUUGAAAGGCUGUACUGUGAAAUCCACCUGCUCAAGACAUUGAAGCAUGAGAACAUAAUGAAGUUCUACACUUCUUGGGUUGAUACCACCAACAGGAACAUCAAUUUUGUCACUGAAAUGUUCACCUCUGGCACUCUCAGACAAUAUAGGCUAAAACACAGGAGGGUCAACAUUAGAGCCGUGAAACAUUGGUGUAGGCAGAUUUUGAAAGGGUUGCUUUACCUCCAUAGCCAUGACCCGCCUGUGAUCCAUAGAGAUCUCAAGUGUGACAACAUCUUUAUCAAUGGCAACCAAGGAGAGGUCAAGAUUGGCGAUCUCGGGCUCGCCGCGAUUCUGAGGAAAUCCCAUGCUGCUCGCUGUGUUGGAACGCCGGAGUUCAUGGCUCCAGAGGUUUAUGAGGAGGAAUAUAAUGAGUUAGUCGACAUUUAUUCCUUUGGGAUGUGCAUAUUAGAGAUGGUGACUUUCGAAUACCCAUACAGCGAGUGCACACAUCCUGCUCAGAUCUACAAGAAAGUUAUUUCUGGCAAAAAACCGGAGGCUUUGUACAAAGUUAAAGAUCCCGAGGUGCGAGAAUUUGUGGAGAAAUGCUUGGCAACUGUGUCUCUUAGGCUACCGGCUAAGGAGCUAUUGAUGGACCCAUUUCUUCAGAUUGACGGUUACUGUUAUGAUUUGAGGCAAUUGGAUUACCAUGGCGACUGCGAUGAAGCAGGUCCUCUCGUAAGACAACCAUUUUAUAGCAAUUGUCAGAGUACCAGUUCACUGAUCGAUGCAUGCUCUAAUUAUCUUGGUUAUGAACACGAAUGCAAGUUGGAGUACCAUGAGCUUGAGUUUGAAUCUAGCGAGAUCGAUCUAUUCACCUGUCAAGAGGAUGAGUAUCUGGAUGACGUCGACAUUACCAUUAAAGGGAGGAGACGAGAAGAUGACGGAAUUUUCUUGAGGCUCCGAAUUGCAGAUAAGGAAGGACGCAUUCGAAACAUAUACUUUCCAUUCGAUUUGGAGACUGACACUGCAUUGAGUGUGGCGAGUGAAAUGGUCGCUGAACUCGACAUUACUGACCAAGAUGUCAAUAGAAUAGCCGACAUGAUCAAUGGGGAAAUCGCAACAUUAGUCCCUGAAUGGAAUAGGGAAAUUGCGGUGGAGGAAAGUUCUCAACACCAAAAUGCAAGCAUAUGUCACACUUGUGCUUCAAAUGGCACGCUGUUGGAUUAUGCAUCUUCAACCCAUAACUUGCAAGUUCUUCAGUGUUCCAAGCACGGAGGUGCUGCUGUGCACGGUCGUUUUGAAGAAAUCACAUACCAAGUUGAAGGUUCCAAAGCCGGGCCUGACCCAUCAAGCCAGUGCUAUGGAGUCCACCACACUGACAUUUGGGCUCAGCGCGAAGUUCCGGAGUCAAAUUCGCAAGAAUCGAGGGAUAUCCAUUGCGACGAAGCACACGAGGCUUUUACUGGAUCCGAAUCUCCAAACGAAGAGAGGAUCAUCACUAUGGACAAUGAGAGUAAGUUGAAUGAAAGGAGCUCAUGUUCGGCGAAUCCUUCGGAAGCUCUUUCAGACGAUUAUGAGAAUGAGAUAAGGCAAGAACUGAGAUGGCUCAAGGCCAAGUACCAAAUGCAGUUGAGGGAGCUUAGAGACAAACAGUUAGGGGUCCAAUCUAAGUGCUCGAGUCCUAGUGCAAAUUACAAUAGCGCAGUACCGAGGAAAGAUAGACUUAAUGGGGUUCUUCCACCGUUUCCGUCACCCGAAUCUGAUACCGAAACAAACGGACAUCUCCUAAAGGAAUUUUCAUCUGAAAACCGUCACCCUCGUCUCGCUCCAGUUAAUUCUGAGAAGAGACGUGCCAAUGUAGCAGACAAGUGCCGUGAGGCUGCGAGUGGGUCAUACAGCCCCGAGCAGAUGAUCACUGCCAAGAGUUUCUAUUCAGGCGCAUUGCUUCCGCAACCACUUCACAGGGCGACGUCUCUUCCAGUUGACGCGAUAGAUUUCUGAGAAUUCUGCAGAUUAUAUCUACAAACUCAGUGUCGACCGUGUAAGGGGGCAUUAGAUGAGCAUCUUUAAUUAGGAGCGCAACACGGGUUCUAAUUAUCUCGACUGCAGAUUGUAUAUUACAAAGCUUUUUCUCUUCAAGUGGGAUAUCUAACUUGGAUGAAUGCUAAGCCCUGAGUUAAUCCA